UCCUGGAGCGGUACGCGUGCUCAAGCGUGCCAAUGGGGUUGCCUGUGGCCCCUCUAAAGGUGAGGCCGUGGGUCACCGCCGCCAGGUAUGUCAGCGUCAGAGACACACCUGCUGGGACCACGCCCAUCUCGGACAGCAGCCUGAGCUCGUGCGUGCAGCAGCACAGCUGGAAGGUGGACACGAGCUCCGCAGCGUACACGUGCACAUACGUGCCCGCGAGGAUCCGGCACAUGGUCCUUCGGGUGACGUCACUCAGGGCUACCAUGCCCACCAGGACAGCCAGGGACACCGCGACGUCUGCAAACAUCUUCCGCACAAAGACGUCUUCUCCGCGGCUGUUGCUGCUGCCUCUCCUCGCUGCCCUGUUUGGCUGCUGCUCCUCUCGGCCGGGGAACGAGGCGUGCAGCCUGGGACGAAUGAGAUGCAGCGACCCUGGCUCACAUGAGACAGGAGUGGCCUUCCCCCCUCACCCUCACAGGCGAUAAAUGUAAACAAACAGAGAACUUUGUCCAUAAAUGUUAGCCAUGCGUUAACACUGAUGAAGUGUUACAUUUCAGUGGCAUUUGGCCACGCCUUCUUUUAGGCUAAUCAUUGCGUCAUCUCAUUUGGACGUGCAGUGCAAGUGUAACCGCUAGAUGUCGCUGUGUCCCCAGUCAUCAAUUCUAGUGUGUCUUGCUUGGACUGGGUAGACUCGGCUAGACUGGACCUAAAUGAGAUCCUCAUGGAUUUGAUUACUUCACCGUUUGGAGGAAUGAAAGCAAAUCCGAUUAACUUUUCUACAGGUCGUAAGACUCAGCAACCUCCUUCUUAGAGCAACUGUAGUUUCUGUGGCAGAAUGCUGAAAAGACUGUAAUGGCAUAAUAGGAACACUGACAUUAAUGAUAAUAAAUCUAUGACGAAUGUGAGCUAUGAUACAUUUAUGGUUGUAGUACGUAACUAAAGUACUUGUGAAAUAUGAAAAAGUGUCAGGUGGACAUCCGUCACGAGGGCGUGGUCGGUCCUGCGCAUGCUCGCUGGCCACUCUUCAGUGCCGCCGUAAUGCCCCAUUGUCCCUGAACGCACCACCCGUUCUCCCUGCCAUCCACCUCGUGGUGUUUAAGGAACACCCAUAGCAGCCAAUCAGCAGCGAGGAAGAAGAGGGACCGACCAACGGCGUGGCCACUUUGACGCUGAGGGGGCGGGGAGUGCGCUGCUGGAGGCUCCAUGGUGGCUAGCUAACAAUAGGCCGGGACCAGAGGCUGGGCUCGGCUUGAGGCAGGAGGACGGUGGAGUUCAGCAGACUUUAGCACACGGCGUGGUCCGGUGUAGGUUAUACAUCGUCCCUGUUACUCUCCCUGGAUUCUGAUCAGCAAGCACACAAAGGGAGCGGCGCUGAAGAUGUCUGACAAUGGGGAGGUCGAGGACAAGCCCCCAGCCCCGCCCAUGAGGAACACCAGCACCAUGAUUGGCUCCUGCAGCAAGGACCCGGUCCCCGUCAACCACGGCUCCAAGCCCCUCCCACCCAACCCGGAGGACAAGAAGAAGAAAGACCGCUCCAUCCGAUUCAUCCUGACGGGGGGAGGCGACAAAACCUACAAGAAGAAGGAGCGGCCUGAGAUUUCUUUGCCAUCUGAUUUUGAACACACCAUCCAUGUCGGAUUUGAUGCCGUCACUGGGGAGUUUACUGGCAUGCCCGAGCAGUGGGCCCGCCUCCUGCAGACAUCCAACAUCACCAAACUGGAGCAGAAGAAGAAUCCUCAGGCCGUCCUGGAUGUUCUUAAGUUCUACGACUCAAAAGAGACCAGCAACAGCCAGAAAUACAUGAGCUUCACUGAUAAAAGUGCAGACGUCUUCACAUCAUCCACUGCAGCGAGCUCCAAGACCGUCUCGGAGACACCCGCCAUCGCCACCGUGUCUGAGGAUGAGGACGAAGACGAGGCCGAGCCCCCGCCCAUCAUCGCCCCCCGACCAGAACACACAAAGUCGAUAUACACUCGCUCAGUGAUCGAGCCACUGCCGCCUCCUCCCACCAAAGAUGCCGCCACCUCCCCCAUUGUCGUGCCAACCGCCGCCGCCACUGCCGCCAUCACCCCCACCGCCCCAGCGGAAGGUGCUCCCAGCAGCCCCCCCAGCGCAAGCCCCGCACCGGGACCCUCCCUGCCCCGCCCUCAGGACAAAGGAAGGAAGAAGAAGAUGUCUGAUGAGGAGAUCCUGGAGAAGCUGAAUGUGCUCAGGCCACCCUCUGCUGGAACCAUUGUGAGUGUGGGAGACCCCAAGAAGAAAUACACUCGCUUUGAGAAGAUAGGACAAGGUGCAUCUGGAACGGUUUACACGGCUAUUGACAUCGCCACCGGACAAGAGGUUGCCAUCAAGCAGAUGAACCUUCAACAGCAGCCCAAGAAGGAGCUGAUCAUCAACGAGAUUCUGGUGAUGAGGGAAAACAAAAACCCAAAUAUUGUCAACUAUCUGGACAGUUACCUGGUGGGUGACGAGCUGUGGGUGGUGAUGGAGUACUUGGCCGGAGGUUCCUUGACUGACGUGGUCACAGAAACCUGCAUGGACGAAGCCCAGAUAGCUGCAGUGUGCAGAGAGUGUCUCCAAGCGUUGGAGUUCCUCCACUCCAACCAGGUCAUCCACCGAGACAUCAAGAGCGACAACAUCUUGCUGGGAAUGGACGGCUCUGUCAAGCUCACUGACUUUGGCUUUUGCGCCCAGAUCACGCCAGAGCAGAGUAAGCGCAGCACCAUGGUCGGCACUCCCUACUGGAUGGCUCCAGAGGUGGUGACCCGUAAAGCCUACGGCCCCAAAGUGGACAUCUGGUCUCUGGGCAUCAUGGCCAUAGAGAUGGUGGAGGGGGAGCCGCCCUACCUCAAUGAAAACCCACUCAGGGCCCUCUAUCUCAUCGCCACCAACGGCACGCCAGAGCUGCAGAACCCUGAGAAACUAUCCGGCACCUUCAGAGACUUCCUCAACAGAUGUUUGGAGAUGGAUGUGGAGAAGAGGGGCUCGGCCAAGGAGCUGUUGCAGCAUCAGUUCCUGAAGAUGGCCAAGCCUCUCUCCAGUCUGACUCCGCUCAUCCUGGCCGCCAAGGAGGCCGCAAAGAACAACCGCUAGCUCACAGCACCGCCGCCUGUCCUCCUCCUCUUCCUCGCCUUCUCUGUCUCCUUCCUGAAGAUGAUCGUCUGGGUCUUCCCCGGUGACCCUUGACCCCCAGUUCUGCACCUCCCACAAAACACUGGACUCUUGGAGGAGGGCGGGGACUAAGCGAAUGAUGUCAUUGGGUAGUCAGUGAUGUCAUCAGCAGAGACUCAUGGGAACUUUUUGGCAUACUUUGUUUUCUACGUGUGUGUGUGUGUGUGUGUGACAGAGAGAGCAUGUGUGUUUAUUUUAUGGUCUUCUAUCAGAAUGUGCGUUUGCUGUUUUUAAUGCUGUCUUUUUUUAAAUCCUUGUGUGUGGCGACAGAGGGAUGCUGGGAUAUCAAGUGAUUGUAGCACAGACACGUCGUGUCCAGUCUGCACUGUGAGUUGUUAACAAUAAGAAUCAAGUCAUAGCAUACACUGUCAGAACCGCUGAUGGACGGCGCCAGCAGGUCCUCAUAGAACUUCAAGCCAAGUCAGCAUUAAAUGUCAUGAAACAUGUUUACCCAUUCUGCAACCUGACAAACUCCCUCCGUCAGCGCAUCUGCGACAUCUUGGAAGCUGCCGGAUCAGCACAGCGACUGCGAUGCAGAGAAUGCAUGUUUUUCCCUUCGCGGUACGACGGAGAAGUGGUUAUGAACACGCCGUGGCGGACACCUGUGUACAAAUGAAGAGCAGGAAAUAAACGCUGCGAUGAAUCAAUGCCGUGUUUGCCUCCUGUCUGGACCAGACUGCAUUAAUGGGCAAUUUAUUAGGCGCCCCCUACUGGUCCUACUGGUGGAAAAUCAUUUUACUGUACAUUUUCCAUUGCUGAAACAUUGUGGUUAUUCUCUCAGAAGGUUCAGUGGUUGUUUCCCAACUCAGUGGUUGCUGGUUCGAUCCUAGAAUCCACUGUAAUCAUUACAUUGCAAUUGUGACCAUGACUGAAGACAAGAAUGGCUUUAAAUAGCAUUAGCAGCACGCUAGUCACAAGAAAAGGCUUUCAACAGAGUACAGCCUGGAGGUUGCUUUACCAAAAUCUGCACAUUAGCACUUAAUAAGAUCAUCACAUCUCACAUUUGUGUCCCCAUAUAGUAUCAGCAUUUGGGACCAAAUAUGAGGUGAAAGAAAAAGGGGAAAAAUACAGUGUUGUAGUCUAUGCAG